UGAUUGCUGCUGCUGUGGCUGCUGCUGCCACUGCCGCUGCCGCUGUUGUUACUGUGACCACCAACUACGCAGACUCUCCGAAAGUCAGUCAACACGUCCAUCGAUGAGCAAAGAGCACUAGCCAGCACCACGUACUCUACCUUCAGAGCCCUUUCCUUUUCGGCGAUAACACAGCCUGUCCGCCUCCCCCACCACCCCCAAACACCCUCCUUUUCUAUGCUCCUUCUGUCGUCGAAUUCUCAGGUCAAUUGCCAACACUCUUGAUUAUUUCCGCUCCUCUCCCAGUCCACCAGCAACGAUUUCGUCCGUUGAGGGGUGCUGCAGAUGGGCAUGAGCGACCUGCAAGCAGCUGCUAGCGAUGGCGAGGCACGACCGACGGACCUGCAGGACGAACAGCAGCAGCAGCAGCUUGCCGCCGAGCUAGACGUCGACGCAGAAGCGCUGCAGCUGCAGCAGCAACAGCAGCAAGAGGCAAAUGCAGGCAGCGCCUUGGCCUCGGCCAAGCUUUCGACGAAGAAGAAGGAGGCUCUGUCGCAGGUGCCCUGCAAAUUCUUUCGCGCCAAUGGCUGCUCCGCCGGCAAUGCGUGCCCCUUUGCCCACAUCACGCCCGGCGAGGGCAACGGCAAGGCCGUCUGUCAGUGGUUCCUCAAGGGCAGCUGUCGCUUCGGACACAAGUGCGCCCUGGCUCACGUCCUUCCGGGUCAGCCAAUGAGCAUGGAUCGCAAGAACAAGAGGGCGGCGCAGCAUCAGCAGCAAGGGCAAGGCAACGGCGGUAACGGCAAUGGCAACGGCCAGGCCCCGAACCAGAUACAGAACCAGAUACAGAACCAGACACAGACCCAGCAAGCGGGUGGCGGUGCUCUGGGAAAUGCCAACGGCAACAAGCGCGGGCAGCCUGGCCACCGGAGAGAUCGAGACUCGCGCGGUGAUCUCGUCGUUCCUCAGAUGCAGGGACAGGCAGCAUACAUGGGCGUCGACGCUGGCGGCAGCAGGGGGGGAGGCUACCCCUUCGGCGUAGGCGUAGGGGCCAGGGAUGUCGACUUUCCCUUUGGGCUGCCCGACGACUUCCAACAAUUCUCAGGGACAGGCGGUUCUUCAGUGAGCCAUACCAACGGCAACGCACGAUCCAACUGGCAGAACCGCCUGUCAUCCAACCAGCUCGACCACGACGGACGGGGGCCAGGAGCAGGAGCCGCUCUUGGCAGCUCCUUGGGUCGGUCACACGACACGGCAGCAGAGCGCUAUGAGGCAUCCGGGCGCAGUGGCAUAGCUCUGGGCAGCCCUGUGCCAGGCAGUGCCUUUGGAACGAGCCCAUUCAGCCAUCCAGGCUCCCACUCGCUCUUUUACUCAGAGAGUGCCACAGUUCCUGGUCACCUCGACGACGAUGGGCCGCAUGCGAGGGCGAUGAGGAAUGGAGCCGGACCUCGCUCGAUGGGGCGUCUCGACGACUCCGGUCUCGAGGCUGCAAGUCGAAGGGCUUGGGGGGCGAGGUCCAGCCGUAGACGGCAAGGUAAUGGCGUGGAUGGUGGCGAGGACGACGACGACGAUGAGGCAUAUGUCCGGGCGAACCGAGCAGAGGGCUUCAAUGAGGAAGACUUUUUGCCUUCGAGCUUGUCGGAGCUCCUCACCCCAGCCGAGCUGGAGCGCAAACGGAGAAGUGUCAUCACCUCGGAUGGCAGCCAUCAGAGGCUGGCGAACAUGGGUGCAGCUGCGCAGAGCAUGCCAGCGGGCAGCGCUGCCUCACUCUGGGAUCUCGCCUAUCGCCAGGAAGCGGCAGCGAACAGAUCGGGUGCUCAGCCAGGCGCCUUUGCGACAAAGGACGCGGCAGCAGCAGCGGCAGCUCUAAAUGCGCUCGGGUCUUCACACCUCGAUGGCAGUCGCAGCGGGACGGACGUCUUUGACCAUGGAAACGGUCUUGGCAUGAGCAACAGCUCGGCUGGCUUCCUGGCAUCCAGACUUCAGCGGAGUGAUGAACGCCUUGAUAGCCGGCUCAAUCACCAGGCUGGCGUCAUUGGCAGAGAUCGCGAAGAUGCUGGCUCUAUGAGGGCGCCACCAGGCAACGCCUAUAGUCCAGAUGCCCAGGCCGCCCUCUCCCAUGCUCCAGGGCAGAGUCUUCCUCAGGGCUUAGCUGCUGGUCUCUCGAGGCUGCAUCUACGUGCUGGCGGGAGCGGCAUCGUCGCCGCUGGCCAAACACAGCAGCAAGCUCAGCUUUCGCAAAAUGCCGUUUGGCCUCCCGCGGCGUCGUCGACGUCCUCUUCGCUGCUUCCGAGACACAGUCAAAAUGCCUCACCUCACGUCAAUGCCACCAACAGCAAUCAAUUUAAAAAUGCUGCGAGGCCGUCAAUGUCGAGCAGACCGUCGAACUCUCAUCUCGACGACUUGGCGCCAACGGCUCCCUCGAGCUUGUUCCCGCACAGACCGAGUCCCCUGUCGUCCGCCUUGGCGAACCGACACGGUACGGUCUCCUCUGCCAAUGCCUCGCCCCUGCUGGACUCCCAGUCCAACUCUCCGGGCGGCAUCGCCAUCCCAGGCCAACAAGAGCAGGCUGUCACAUCGACUGGUCAGCAAAGCAUCGGUGGCAAACUCUCCGGUGUAUCACCCUCGAUUCGUUCCCACCCAGGUAUCCAGCGCCUCGUCCGCGCCAACGGCUCUUCAUCGGCACCGCCCUCGUCAUCCUCUGCUAAUUUGGCGCCGAGUCCCCUGGCACUGCUGCCCACGACAGGCGAGGAGGGCGAGGAGGUUGAGGAGGCCAUUUUCGAGCUGGAGUGAUAGAAAAAAAGUAAAAGCAAAGGAGUGACGCAAACUCUCUUCUAAUUGUAUUGGCUAUUUCUUCUUCCUUGAUUGAAGAAGGUUUGACAGAGGAAGGAGCAAUGUGACUAGAUGAAGCGGUAA